GACGUUCUUAAUCGGCUCAAACCGUCGUACAUAAAGCACACAGUCAAUCCUGAAACAUUUCGUGAUCCUGACCCGCGGGAUGAAGCCCGCAAUGCGCGACAUUUGAGCAAAUAUAUAUUUCCCCUCCAAUAUGGACUCUGCAGUGUUUUUACUUCCCAGGUGCCUAGUAAGGAGCAUUACGAGCAGCCGGAUUUUACUGAUAGGGAGCGUGAGAUCAAGGUGAGAGAAGGCAAUAUUUCUUCUUGGACGUGUAAGACGCCAAAACGGCUGAAGGAUGUGCUUGUGUUGUUAGAGAAGUUGAUCUGGCGGCAUGGUAAAUGCCGUUAUAAACUACUUAGAGAUAAAGUUUGCCCGUCAAAGGUAAGCAAGCUCUUUAGAUGA